AAUCCCCUGGCCAUGAACCAAAGAAAUAAAAGAUUCAGUCUCUGAACAGUUUCUGUUUCUUGUUUCUCAGGUGGGAGACGGGAGCCUCCACUUCAGAGCCAACUGCUGGAGACAGCUGAUACCUGGAGGAUUUGUGGACCCUGCAGUGAAAAUAAAACACUGGAUGAUGCUGAUGGGUUUUCAGCUCUGCCUGGGCUCAGCUGCAGCACCCCUGAUCCCCAAAACCUCCUGAGGAGGAUGAGGACGGACAGAUUUCAUGACACUGAUGGGCACCACUGAUCUCUGCAGGUGAAGAGGAGGGGGAGCCACAGCACAGAAAUGAAGGAGACACGAGUUUGUGCUGGAUUUGGGGGUGUGGGAAGGAGCCAACAGGCAGGUUCCAGCCUGGAGAUGAAGCCAGAGGUGCGUGGUGCCUGUGGGGCCGUGAUGCUGCUGCUGUUCCUGGCUCUCCUCGUCACAGCCAUCGCUUUUGCAGUGGAAGCUUUCCAGCCUCACCCCCACCUCUGCUUCCCAUGCCCCUUCGACUGGAUCGGGUACAGAGGGAGAUGUUACUACUUCUCAGAGGCUGAGGGCAACUGGACAUCCAGCCAAGACAACUGCUCAGCUCUUGGGGCUUCCUUGGCCACGUUGGACACUGGGGAAGACUUGAGCUUUGUGAUGAGGUACAAAGGGGUUUCAGAUCACUGGAUUGGCCUUUCCCGGGAAGAUGAGGAGCAGCCGUGGAAAUGGGUGAAUGAUUCUCAUCUCUCUCACCUGUUCCAGGUCCAUGGUGGUGGCCUCUGUGCUUACCUGAAGGGUGAUGGCUUCAGUUCCUCCCCUUGCAACCUCCACAAGAGCUGGGUUUGCAUGAAGCCCAAGAGCAACGGGAUGAGAAGGGUUCAAAAGCUUUGUGUCAGCUCCUAAAGGGGCUGGAAGGAAGGUUCCUCAAGCCCAAAACCUCAACAAACCUCACAGAAAAGAGGGGAGGGGAAAAAAAGCCACCCAGGUGAGCCCAGGAUGUCUGGAGGGUGAUGCUGAGAUGCCUGCAGGGUGCAACGAGGGGAAAAUGGGCCAACAGCACAAGGUUUGGGCUUUUCCUGCUGUGGAGUCACCUCUGUGGAGACAAACAGGCAACUCUGAGGCUUGGCUGGCUGAGAAAAGCCUCUUGGACACCUCAUGGACAGGCUGCAAAGUCCAAAGCUGAGGAGGGAGCGAGUGGCAAAGCAACAGAAUCCAACCUGUGGCCAAGCCCAGCUCCAUCCAAAGCCAGAUGGAAAGGUGAAGAGGCUUCUUCAUCCAUUGAAAAACAGCCCCAAAAAUCAGAUUAUUCCCUCCAAGGAGCAGCAGGAUUGAGGAGCAACUGCCAGCUCAGGCUGGGAAGGAGAAGGUGAUGCCUUCACCUCAAUGUGCUGGUGAGGUAAAAGCCAGAGGGGCUGCAUUUAAAUAAGAGGUUGAAAUAAAGAGGUUUUGGGGUGUUUUCAUGAUCCUGGGGGAGUUUAGGGGUUAAAAAGAGG